AUGGAACUGUCAGAAUUCGACCGCGUAGGCUUCAUCGGCCUCGGGGCCAUGGGCAAGCACAUGGUCGAGCAUCUGGCGACCAAACUCCCCUCCACCUCGCAUAUCUACAUCUACGACGUGGUCCGCGAUCCCAUGAACGAUCUCGUUUCCCGAUACCCAGGCAAAAUCCACGCCAGCUCGUCUCCAAAGCACGUCGCAGAGAACUCAAAAUGCAUCCUCAGCAUGGUCCCCGAAGGCCGACACGUCCAAUCCGUAUACCUCGACUCCCCCACCGGCAUCAUCUGCACCCCCGACCUCUCCUCCCGGAUCCUAAUUGACUGCUCAACAAUCGACACCGCCACCAGCAUCCACGUCAAAAGCACCCUCACCGCCACCCACCCUGAUGUGAAAUUCUACGACGCCCCCGUCAGCGGCGGCACGCUGGGUGCUCAGAACGGCACCGUCGCGUUCUUCGUCGGCUGCGCGCCCACCGACCCCGUCCUGCCCAUCCUCACCACCCUCCUCACCCUCAUGGGGAAACAGGUCAUUCCCUGCGGGACACACUCAGCCGGCCUCGCCUCCAAGCUCUGCAACAACUACCUGUCCGGCAUCAUUGCGAUCGCGAGCGCCGAGGCCCUGAGUAUGGGGAUUAAUGCGGGUCUGGACCCGCGUGUCCUCUCGAGUGUGUUUGCCGCGGGGACGGCCCAGAAUGCGGUCUGUGAUCGGUAUAAUCCCUGUCCUGGGGUUGUGAGGGAUGCGCCGUCGUCGAAGGGGUACGAGGGUGGGUUUAAGGUGCAGUUGAUGAGGAAGGAUUUUGCGUUGGCGGUGGAGAUGGCGCAGAGGACGGGGUCGAGGCUCGUGCUUGGGGAGCAGGGGUUGAGGACGUAUGAGGGGGCGGCGAGGGAUGAGAGAUGUAAAGAUCGGGAUUCGAGGGUCGUGUUUCGGUAUCUGGGGGGAGAUGAACGGUGGGCGAGGAGGUAUAAGCUUUAA